AUGCGUUUUUUUGGGUUUAGGGCCGAAGACCGCGUAGAGCGCAGUGGCGGGAUGGGAUUGAAGCGAGGUCAGAUAGAGUUUGAAAUAGAGCGAGAAGAGAUACGGAGGCGGCGGUUCGAGCGAUUGCAUAGGGCCGAUAUGAGAGGGCAGUUAAAGCAGAUGAUGGGCGAGUCAGCCGAGUUUCGAGGGUUGCAGGAGGCCGUAAUCCGAACCGUGGUGCGCGGGGAUGGGCCGAUUGUGCAGAUAACGCCGACCGGAGGUGGCAAGAGUUUGACAUUCAUGUUGCCGGCGUUUUGCACGCCGGACGGCAUGACAAUUGUGGUGACGCCGUUAGUGGCAUUAGAGAACGACAUGGAGGAGCGGUGCAGAAAGAUGGGGAUUGACGGAUAUGUGUGGAAGAGCCGGGGAGUGCAACGGGGUGCAUCAUUGGUGUUCGUGACGCCGGAAUCGGCCGUGACGAAAGGGUUCCGAUCAUUCGUGGAGAGAAUGCAUGGGCAGGAAAAGUUAGACCGGGUCAUGGUGGAUGAGUGUCACACGGCAUUGGAGUGGACGAAAACAUUCCGGCCGCGGAUUGGGCAGUUGGGGUCAGCAUUACAGGAGUUCGGGUUACAGGUCAUUUGUUUAACGGCGACAUUGAAGAGGACAGAAGAGCGGUUGUUAUAUGCACAGUUAGGGUUUGAAGCCGAACGCGUGCGUUUAUUCCGAGAACGAACGACACGGCGGAAUAUUGAGUACCGGGUGGAGAUCAUUGAGGAUAGGGAGGGGGAAGGAGUAGGCCGCCGCAGUGGUGGUCAGCGAUCGGCGCAGGAAGGGGCAAGACGAUGGAAGCAGAAUGGAUCAGCAGCAAAAGAACAACAAAGGUGA